AUGGAAGCUAAUCAGGAAAACCUGUUAACUCCUGAGGACCAGCAUAAUACCAAAAAUAGUGACUCGAAUUGCUUCGAACCCACUUUGAAUAAUUAUGAGGAUAUCUUAGUCCGAUUAAACAGAAUCAACACAUCCUCCAUUAACCAUGGAAAUGGAUUUGAACCCCAGAACAUGCCUCCUUUGAUGAGCGUCACGCCUAUUCAUGAGCAUAAUUUCCUGUUCCCAGAGCCAGAGCCUCUGGCAAAAGGUAAGCUCAGUGAUCUUCCUCUUGACUUCAAAAGAAGAUUGGAGCCCAUAGAGAAAGAGGAAAAGGUCGAGAAAACUAAGGAAUUGACUCCAGGUCCUGACAAAGCCUUCUUCCAUUUCACCUUUAACAACUUUGUUGUGCCAAUCGGAGGCUCAAAGCCUUCAAUUGACCUCAGCGAUAAUUUCGCUGAAAAAUAAGCAUAUUAGUCCUAGAGGAAACAAGGAAGCCAAAGAAGAAAGCAAGGAAGAGGAAAAUAGACCUGAUAACGAUGACAGCCAAGAUACAUAUCCUCUCAAAGGGCAUCAAUAUGAGCUGAAAUUUGAAUACAAUUCUGAAAGCAAACGUUCCAGGAGGCUAAUUAUCUGUAAAUAUGAUGACUGAAAUAAAGAAUUUGCCAAAACUUGAAAUAUAGUAGACCAUUUCAGAAUUCAUACCAAAGAGGACCCUUUCAGGUGUAAAAUCUGAGGAAAGGAGUUUACUCAAAAAGGCAACCUCAAGAAACAUCUUAAGAAGCAUGUCUCUGCAGAAGAUAAGAUCCAGAGUUAUAAAUGUGAGAAAUGUGAGAACAAAUAUUCCUCAGAAUUUAACCUGAAACUACACAUGCGGAAUGAAGGACACUAGACUCUUCUUCUUUGGUCACCCAACGUUCACUCUUUGAAGUUUAAUAUAGUUCAAUA